AUGGCAGCGUUUCUUCAUGCAGUCAAGUCGCAGGGUCUCGCCACGCGAAUGACAAUUUUCGCCAGCCCUGUCGCCAUCGUCGUCCUCAUCUUCCUCGCCUACCUCGCAGCGUCGCCCACCAGUAAUCCUGCAGAGCUGGCGAUCGGCGACGCGGACCUGCUGACGUCAAUCGUCGGCGGAAAACCCGCGUCUCGCGUCAACAUCGAAUCCGACGGCAUGGAUGAUUCCGAAGGUCUACGCGUCGCCGUGCAACCGAUUAGCAUUCUUCAACUGCGUGGUGCGAAUCCAAAUUCAAUGUCUGCGGGGCCAGCUGUCGGCAGCAGAAGCAAGAAAAGCGAUCUAAGCGAUGGAAGGAGUUCCCAGAGCAGCAAGAUUGACGGGAGAAGCAAAUUGGCCGGGAGCGCGGCCGCGAGUAGCGAAACUGCCACGGGAAGCUUCCUCCCGCAGAUGAACAAAGCGGCUCUCGCCGUCAGAUUGAGAUUGGGCACUGAGGAGACCCCUGCAGAGGCUACGUACGGUGCAAGUGGGCAGGGGUUAAAGGCAAAGACUGAGAAGGAAACGGGGGCAGGCGGGAAGAGCGACGGAGGUAAUGCGGAGGCGAGCGCAGAGGCAGACGCGGAGGGGGACGCGGAUGCGGAGGAGGAAGCGGAGGAGGUGGACGACGAGCAGCGGGGCUUGCCGGCGGAGGUGCUGGAGAAAGAGCGCAAGCUUGCGCGUUCGCGAAAGUCGAAAUCUGCCACCUCGCGGAAGGCCGUAAAGGUCACUGGUGGUAACACAGUCGACGAGGUUGGCGAAGAGGACGACGAAGCCGAAACGGAGGAGGAGGCGGAAAUGUUGAAUGCGGAAAGUGAUAAGGGAUCCGAUGCGACUGCCGCAGCCGACAAAUCUAGCGAGGAGGAGGACGUGUUUCGCGAGCUGAAGCUUUCGCCGGAAGACGAGGCGAUGCUUCGCGAGCUUCGAGAAACGCGCGUGGAGCGCGAGAAGGCGGCGAGCCGCGUGAAGCACAAGUACCGCAAAGUGGCGUUCAUGUUCCUCACCAAGGGCCCCAUCCCGCACGCCAAGCUGUGGGAGCGGUACUUCAAGGGUCACGAGGGAAGCUACUCCAUCUACGUGCACCCGGCGCCGGGCUACGAAUUCCCCAAGAACGCCUCCGCGCUCUUCCGCAACAACACCAUCCGCAGCGAAGCGGUGUCGUGGGGUUCGCCGACGAUGAUCGACGCCGAACGACGGCUGAUUGCUGCGGCGCUCAAGGACCCAGCCAAUCACAAUUUCGUGCUACUCUCCGAAUCUUGCAUUCCCGUUAAGAGCCUGAAAUUUACGUGGAGAUAUCUUCUCGGAACUGACUACAGCUUCGUUUCAAGCUUCACUACAGACAGAUACGUGAAUACGGGACGACAUGAUGAACGCAUGGCUCCAUUGAUUCCAAUUGAAAAGUGGAGAAAAGCGUCGCAGUGGUUCUCGGUCACACGCAAACACGCGAACAUCAUAAUCGAUGACGUUGAUGUGCAUAAGCUCUUCCAAAUCUACUGCAGGGGUGACAUCCAACAUCACGAGUGCUACUCAGACGAGCACUACAUCCCAACUCUAAUCAAUUUGAAGGACCCUGGCAAUCUGGCCAAUCGCACCAUCACCUAUGUUGACUUCCCACUCAACUCCCCGCACCCGCGCACCUUCGAUCCCUUCCUCACUCGACCCAGCCUCAUUCGCUACAUCACUAAGCCGCGCAUGUACAUGCAUCGCAACGUUGUGGAACCUGAUGAUGAAACCCCGCAAAGCUCAUACACUCUCCCUUGCGCCAAGGAUGGAGAGAACCGCACCUGCUUCUUGUUUGCAAGAAAAUUCCACCCGUCUGCCCUGCCGCAACUUCUGAACCUGCCUACUAAGAUUCUCGGCUACUAA